AUGGGAACUGACCGUCCUCUCCGGAAAUCCAACCGUGACCCCCUCUUGUCCUCCAGACGUGACGUCCACAGGCCCACCAUUUCUUCAGACGCUAAACACCCUUCCCCUGCUCCUAUUCGUGUCUCGCCAGACUGCUUCGACAUUCAUUCAAGGUCCCAAUUGAGUCCAGGUCGUACCUUUCAUGCUCACGAUCUUCUGCGGAAGCAUUCCAGGAAAUUUGAUCAGGACAAAGGCAAAGAGAAAGAGAAAACGACUCAGCUUUCAUACGCAUUUCCAACUGUGGAUCUUGCUCUUGAGGUCCCCGACUUCUCGUCAGGGGGUGAUAUCACUCCGAGGAUCCCGCGUCAUCGGACACGUACAGGUCCAUCAUCCGCCAAGUCAAAGUGGAAAGAGACCCCCGUUCCAUCACUCCGGCUCUCCGUCGAAACCUCCAGUUUUGCGGAAUCACCCCCGCAAACACCAUUAAAUUCAUCUUCCAUCAGGAAUUACUCCCUCAGCCAUUUCCCGGUAGUCGUCUCGGCUCCGGUUUCCGGGGUGGAGGCCAUGGAUGCGCUGGUUGAUGGGAUGAAUGGCUUUACGAUGGAAGAUUUCUUCGGGAAAAGCUCCUCUAGUCGCUCAAGGUUUGGUAAUAAUGCAAGACAUCACCCUCUAUACCAACCACCUCUACCCACUCCUCCACCCGGUGUAGUUCUUGGCAGAGGGAAAAGUCGACGACAAGAUAAAAUAGUACCUUCAGAUGAAGAUGAAGAUGAACCAAGACCAUCGCCUCCCACUCGUCGUACUCGCCGUGCUCGUCUGCGACCUAGUUCUGCACAAAAAGGUUCCUCGUCCACAAUCACAGUCGACUCAGGGUUGUAUGAGGUUACCUCUUCGGUACUUAAUGACUCUGUUGAUGACCUUCCAGUCGCUCUUGUGCAACUACCAGAGCGCCCAAGAACUGUUGUUCCUUCUAUUUCGGAAAUCAUUCGGAACCACGCUCCCGCUUCUGCUCAGAACCGCUCUAGAGAACCCCAAAAACACGUGCCCAGUGAUAUUCACACCGAUGGUCAUACCAAUGGUGUUGAGAACGAGGAAUCCGAGGCUGAGUUCCUCACGCCUGAUACAGAAGCUGAACCGUUGGGCAGGUCUUCCCUUGAUAGCAUUGCAGAUGAAGUCCGCCGCACGUACCAUAACCAGAAGAAAUCACAUAUUGUACCCCCACUUGCAUCACCUCGUGCUCCCCCACUCACCGCUAUGCCUUCGAACAUGUCGGAUAGCUCAAGUGUGCGACUUCACAGGGCACCCUCAGACGUUUACUCCCAUUCAUCGACUGCAUCAGCACGGAAUUCGCAGUACUCAUUGGACCUCAUUCCUAUUUCCAUUUCUCCUACAUCCGUACCCCAAGCCAUAGCAGAAUAUCUUCGCUCCGCUAGAUUGACAACUUUGCUGAAACUUACGCGAUCCCCUCACGCAUCACUUGAUCACCCUCUGACUGUCAGCCUUGCGGAUAUGGGUGAUCCAAAUGGCUUUCCCCUCGUUGUAUUUCUUGGUCUAGGCUGUGUCAGACACAUCAUGGGUUUGUACGAUGAAAUGGCAGACUGCCUUGGCCUUCGUCUGAUUGCUAUAGAUAGAUGGGGUCUAGGCCGUACCGAGAUUCCACAUUCCAAAUCUGCAAGGGGCAUCAUGGAAUGGGCGGCAGCUGUUGAGGAGGUUCUCGACCAGCUAAAAAUAAAUGAGUGCAGCAUCGUUGCCCAUUCAGCCGGCGCACCUUACGCCUUGGCAUUUGCUAACCGUGUUCCUAAUCGUAUUCGGGGUGACCUUUGUCUACUAGCGCCAUGGAUAGGUGGCUCCGAAAGCGGAGGAUACCGGUGGCUAAAGUAUGUCCCCAAUGGCAUUCUGAAGACCGCGCAGGCAGCAGAGUGGAAGAUACAGGCAUGGAUGAUAGGAAAGCCGCCAACCGUCGCUUACCGGGGAAUCGGUUACACCGCACCGCUGUCCCCCAGAUUUCAGAAUGGAAAGUCAACGUCUGGUAAUGGAGUCGAACCUUCCUCGCAACCUCAGAGUCCCGGCAGAAACACUAUUUACCUAUCGGAUAUCACCAAGAGGCGGAUGAGCUUAGGUUCUGUUCUGUCCAGUGAUUAUGACGAUCUACGGGAUUUUGAUGGUCGUUUUGGGAGCCAAAGCACGCUUGGCGCACGCUCAAUGACACAACAGAGCAGAGGAAAACCUUCUCGAGGAAUUUUAGGUAGACUUAAAGCGUCCAAAGCAAUUUCUCAGCCUCCUUCACCUGCUAUCGAGUCUCCUCCCACCUCAACCGUCGGGAAAACGCUCAAGACUUUGAGAUCUAUGGGUUCCCUCACGGGCAAAUCAUCAUUUACCCCCAACACACACAAGAAGACUGAUAUCCCAAGUCCGCAGCUCCCUCAACCAUUGUCGUUAGACACGGGCUUAGGUCUUGGUGAAAUUGAUUGGGAUGCCACGAAGCCCUAUACCAACCCCUCCACCCCUUGUCAACUAGCCAAACCCGUCGAAUUCAAGUUGCCUUUCGAUAAACCCCCGCUUCAGCUUCUUCCUCGACAAACCGGCCAGCGCUCUAUAUCCUUCAGUGCGUCCACCACAAGUGUAUCGAGACUAAGCCCGCCGAGCGUUCCAUCAUCCCCCCCUGCGAGCACUUUAUCCUCUCCACAUCUGAGUGUUCAAACUACAUCAACUGCGUAUCAAACUGCUCUCGCCAAUGCUCUCAUUGCGGCGUCUCACGCGGAAGCAUCGAAAGGGACGCACAGCGACCUUCUGCAGAUCCUCAAUCAUGACAAUCGUCCUUGGGGCUUCUCGUAUAGCGACUUCCCUCACAAGGUCCAGGUUUGGUAUGGGGAUAAGGACGAGAAGAUUGCCGAAAAUGCCGUGCGGUGGAUGGAAAAGGCGAUGGGCGAAGAUCGUUGUCACGUCAAAGUCGUGAAAGGUGCUGACCAUGCUCUCAUGUAUAAGAGCUCGGUCGUUGUGGAGGUUUUAGAGCGAGUUAGAGAGUUCUGGUGA